CAUUUGCUUUAAAAGUUUGAGACAUAUUUUGGACUAGUUUAAGCUUCUGAAGAGCAGCUUUAAGACUGAUUUUGGGAUGGAUAUUUUUGUUGUUCCAAACAAGUUGAAUUGUUUGUGGUGACCUCUUUUUUGUUUUUAAAACACACACAAUUACAAAUUACGUGAUAUUUAACCAGGACAGUGUGAUAAGCUCAAGCAUUGCCUCAGCUAAAUGCUUGCCUUGUGAGAAAUAUUAAAUGAAAACAAUCUUAUUAUUUUUCAAAUAUGCGUUAAAACCAGGCUGACCAAUCAGAGCUCUGAGCUCCAGUGAGCAGCGGAGGACCGUUAAGCUCGAGGCCACACAGCUAAACCUAAAUCCGCAGCAAAGUGAGGAAAAGAGGCUAAAAAUGACGGACAUUACUGACACUGUUUACGAUGAGAAGGAGCUCCAGGCUCUGCAACAGGCUUACGAUCAGAAGACCAAGGCUAGAAGGGGCCCGCUGAUAAAGACACAGAAGCCUCUUCACAAGCAGAGCCAGCUGAUUGGUUCUCUUGAGGAAGAGAGGAGGAGCCCAAAGGAAGAGCUGGAGGGAGUGAGCUAUGCAUUAGAGAGGAAGCAGCUUUUAAGCCAGUCUCAACGUUACAACGACAUAGACAAAAGCAUCCGUCAAAAGAAAGAGACCAUUACUGAACUACAGAAAGAGAUAAAUGAGAUGCACAGGAAGAUUGCAGCUAUGGAUGAAGACCAAACCAAAAAGGAACAGCGACUUACUCAACAACAAAUACAGGCUACUAAAAAAUUAAACAUCACUGCAGAGAAUGUGCAGCUCCGGCAUGACAUAGAAUCCCUGGUAAUAGAAAAAGAAAAGUUCCUGCAGAGGAGCAGCAAAUUGGAGAAGGCAAUCCAGGAGGCCGAUCUGGAGCUUGGCAGAGAGCUCCAGAAGAUCAGCAAGAGCGAUCUCAUCAGGGAAGAAACUGAAGCACAGAGAGUACGAAAGUUAGAGCAGGCUUGCUCAGACGAGGACACUUGUGCUACAAAGAUACAGAAGCUACAGAGACAGACAGACCAUGGCGACAAAUUAGCGUACUUUCUACAACAGAAGAAUAACCCCAGGCAGCCAAACCUAAAUUACUGCUCUACAGCAGAGAAAAGAGGGGCACACCAGCAAGAGCUACAGCAAGAACAGCUGAAAGAAUAUGAGACUGAUAUGGAGAAGAUCAAUGAUAUUGUUCAAGGCAGGCAGAGAAGAAGCGAGAGAAAGGAGAGUGGUUCUGAAGAUUUUGACUCUUAUGGAGCCAUCUCCAAGUACAUCUUGGAAAUCAGGAGGCAGGAACACAGUCCCAGAGAAUAAAGCAUGUCUGAGGCAGGUUUGAGUAUGUGGAUGGUGGUGAAAAUGCUGAGGAGGUUGCCCUGACUGCAGUCAUCUAAUCACAUCACACUGUAGCUCAGUACAAAGAGUCCCUCUGCAGAGCCCAAUGUCAGAAAAAUCAAACUUGAAUAGAACUGGUUGAAAGUGAAAGGGAAUGCUCAAAACAUGUCUUUGUGUUUUGUGAAUUGCUGAUUGUUGUGAGUGAGACUGGUGAUUUGUAGUUCCACACUCAGCUCAUAUCUUACAAUACAUGUUGCAACAGUAAACACUUUACCAUAUUAUAACUGUCAGGCUUUUAUUUUUUACUAACCACACCAAUACAUUUGUGAAGUGCAGUUUUGGAAGCUUCGGGUCACCUGUGAAGGACAUGCUUUAGACAAUGUAUUUUUGGACAAGCUAAUAGUUAAUAGAACUGUCUUUGAAAGUGAAAGAGGAAAGCAGUUCUCAUGAGCAUUAUUCUUUUCACUUCACCAGUGUUGCAUAGUGCAGUAACCAGUGGCAUAUAUGAAGGCAUUUUCCUAUUACAUUUAGUGGAUCAUCAAAUCAAUUUUAAAGCUAUUAUUUAACCAUUUUUGAUGAGAUUUAAAAGGAGCCUGUGCAAAGAGCAGUUGCACAAUGCAUGUUGUCAUGGUUCUGAUUUAAAAACUCCUUCUAUCUAUUACAUUGUGUGAACAUUUUUAUGUCAAUGACCUUUUAAAGAAAAACAUCUUGCUAUACUAAAACAGAUUGAUGUACCAAAAGUCAAGGGAUAGCAGUAUUUAAACUGAUCAUAAAAUCUUACAUGAUGGGAGGAUUCGGGAAUGCCUAUACAAGUUGUGAGGUCUGUAAGUUAGGUUGAACACUUGCCAAUGUGCUUGUGGCAAGGUGAUGAGAAUUAUCUGUUGUCUAUAUUCAAAAGUCUUUGUUCAAAACAUAACUUUUAGGCCUUCUAAAUCUCCUAAGCUGAUUGCAGAGCACUAGGUGAUGUAGCUUGUGUGGAGAAACUGCACCUUUCUGCUGAUUCGGCCUCGGUUUAGGUCUCAAGCUAUUGAAUUUAAGUGUCACUUCAGUAGUGCUGAAGGUCACACACUAUAAUGAAGCACCUUUCAUGAAGUACAUAAGAGAGUGAUCAUCACGCUAACCUAGUCAGUAGUACUGCAGCCUUGAGAGUUUGGGCUAGAGCGUCUACUUGAGAUGUGGAUUCAGAAGCAGAAGGGCACUGAGCAGGAGAGCUCUAUGUGCCAAUCUGCUGGGUGUCAGUCAAGGAGAUUCAAGGUGAUGGUGUGGGUGUGCAGCAGUGACGGAUCAUUUCUGACACAUUGAGGACGCAGAGCUGCCUAGCAGGCAGGUAAUUGUACCAGAGGCUAGUCCCAUAGGACUCGAUCUCCAUUUCUCUCUUUUCCUCGCUCUUGCUUGCUCUUUAUACCAGGAGCAGGGACCUUUUUUUCUUCUUCUUUCCCUCGUGGCAAGUAUUGCAUGCUGCUUCCGUGAUGUACAACUUCUCCACAAGGACACAACAAUCACAGGGAAAGGACACAGUGGAAAAGUACAUUCGUUCAGUGGCGAAGGAAGGCAUGAUGAGCUGAAGUUGGAGAUAAACAUUCAAAAGUUGACGCCAAUUCCAGAGACAGGGUCAAUUUCCAGACAUGGCUCAGUGAGACCUUGGAAAUGUUCACAGACUAUAAAUCCCAGUUCACACUGAUCACACAGGAUGUAGUUUUGAAGUCUUGACAGUGGUUUGAACCAAUGACUGUAGAAAAAUAUGGGCACAGUGGACCCUUGAGAGGAAGUAGUCUCAGAGGUGUCCCAAACAAACUGAAGUGGUUAAUUUGUGGUGGUAAUGUGACCCGACUUCGAUUCGAAAAAAAAACUCUCAACAAGUUCAAGCUAAAUGGCUUUGCAUGUGGAGUUUAACCUGGCCUAGGUUAUUUUUUACAGCUAUAAACCAAUGCCUUAUCAGGUUUUCCUCCAUGUUAAAUAGCACAGGAAUGUUCAUUAGUCCAGAAAAUGACACCCUCUUCCUGUAUUUACAUUCUUUCUUUUGCCCCGGACAGGUUUGACCAAUGUGAUCAAUAGGCAAAGUGAAAAGAAUGCUCUCAUUUGUUUGUUUUUUUGUGCUGCACUUAGGUGCCCUUUAAUUUUUUCCUGUGUAAAAAGAAAUCAAACUAAAAGAAAAUGCUCAAAAAACUGUUCUUAUUAAUUCAGAGCACAGUUAGAAUCUAUAGGUGUGAAAUUGCUUGAAAUCGGAAAUAAUCUAAACUGGAGAGUUAACCAUGUUUAAUUGUUUUCAUAAAACUCUCAAAUUAUCUCACCAGUUCUUUUUUAAUCUCUGGCUGAACAGUAGUUAGGAAUCAGGCGUCUGAAUAAGUGUUUGUACAAGAAAUAUAUGUUGAUCUUGCCUAAAGAGCUUAUAGAGUUUACAGUUUGUUGUGAUUUGUUAAGGUUGCACCCUACGUAAAGCUUUAACACCAUACCUAUCUUCUUGAAUGCAUUGCCCAGAGAAAAAGCCUCUUGCUUAUCUCUUCAGUUACUUUCUGCAUUGUUUGCAUGAUGUACAAUGUUAUGUAUCUUUAUACAUCAGACCUGAAUGUUUUUUUCAUAUCUGUGUCAGAGCUCAGCUUUAAUGCUUGCUUUACGUUAUGUUAUAUAAGUCCCACAUUUCUGCAUGGCUAUCUGACGGCCUUUAAGAUCAAGGUGAAGAAGGGCCACUCAGAGCAGUGUAUCGUCUGUAGUCCUGUGUUUGAGUGUGCUCUUAUCCCCAAAGCAGUACUGUGUUCGCAGACCAAGCAUAGCUUGUCAUCUUGAGGAAAAGCAGCACUGGGUAUGUAAAUUUAUCAUAAAGUGUUACCUAAGGAAGGUGCACCACCUGUAUAAGCAGGUGCUGUAUUACCUUGUGAAGGAAGUUAAAUAGUGGCUAAUGUAUUUUCUGUUUCCAAAGUGGGUAUUUAACAUUCCUAGAUUAACUUUGUCACAUGUACCAAAAAUACACCUUAGAAGGGAUCAAUAUAACUUGCAGUGGAGUCGGUAAUAACUAUCAUGACAGAAAGCAUCUUGCUAAAAUUGUCUGUGCAAACAGACAAGCAACUAUGGCAGACUGUGCUUUUAAGAUACAAGCUGUGAAAUGAUCAUUAGUUUGAUCUUCCUUAUUUAAAGAGUAGUGGAAACUAAAAUGUGGGAAAUCUAAAUGACUGUAGACUGAAUAUACAUAUGUGAGUAAAUUAACAAAAUCAUUAAAAUAGGCUGUUCGUAGUUUAAUUUCCACAUGUACUGUUGAUCACCCCAUUUCUAAUCAGUUUUUAUUGAUAUUUAACUACUUUAAAUCCAGGUACUAACCUGAAAUAGUACAAAAAGGGCUUCUGAGGAAAAGCAAAGAACUCAAAAGUGAAUAUAAAACGCAGCAAGUAGAGUUUGCUAUACUUCUACUACUACUACUACUACUACUUGCUAUAGAAUGCUUCUCUGACUUGUAUGGUCUACUGCAAAAAUCUUGGGGAUCUAAAACUUUUAAACAGUAGUGUUGUAUUAACUGUAUGUGCUAGUUACUAAAAGAUAAUUUUGUUUGUAUACGGUGCUGUGUGUUAUUCUUUUUACUUUUGUGCCCUACAUGCUAACAUUGUUAGGUAAGAGGGUAUUAUUUAUCCCAGCUUCAGAGUUUUAUGUUUUGCUGCAAGCUGUAAGGUUAAGACCAUUAAGCACUUUCCCAUUUUGAAUACUCUACUCUAUAAUCCAUCAUAUUAACUCCUGACAGCAUCAGUAUUUUUGACCUCUUAUGUAGCGUUUAAAAACGUAGUCCAGCUUUUCUCCUAAUUGAUAGAUAUAUAUUUUAUCAUUUCUUUCGUUUUCCAGACAGCAAGAAAUGCUCCA